CCCUGGCGUUCCAGAAAGUGCUCUCCCCCGGUCGCGCGGUGGUGUGCCAAAGGUUCCGAGGGAGGCAGGCUGGCCGCGCGAGGGUUCCGGCUCCAUCUUUCCACCAUGAACGAAAACGAGCUGGUUGAAGCAUUUAAAACCCAGAUGAGGACUGAUCCUGAGGUUGCCUCUGCAGUGGCUGCCAUCCGUGUCUUGCUAGAGUUCUUAAAGAGAGACAAAGGUGAGACAAUUCAGGGGCUGAGGGCAAAUCUCAGAAAUGCAAUAGAAACUCUCUCUGGUGUGGAUUCUUCAGUGGCUGUCUCUUCUGGAGGGGAACUCUUUUUAAGAUUCAUCAGCCUCACCUCCUUGGAGAACCCAGACUAUUCCAAAUGUAAAGAGAUCAUGAUUGAACGAGGAGAACUUUUUCUCCGGAGAAUCUCUCUUUCCAGAAACAAAAUUGCACAACUUUGUCAUACCUUUAUCAAAGAUGGUGGAAGAAUAUUAACACAUGCUUACUCAAAAGUGGUCCUGAAAGUGUUAGAAGAUGCUGCCAAAGCAAAGAAACGUUUCAACGUCUACAUCACCGAAUCACAGCCAGAUCAAGCAGGGCAAAAGAUGGCCAAAGCCCUCACUAAACUUGGUAUUCCUGUGAUUGUCAUUCUGGAUGCUGCUGUCGGCUACAUCAUGGAAAAGGUCAACGUGGUAAUAGUUGGAGCAGAAGGAGUUGUAGAAAAUGGAGGGAUCAUUAACAAGAUUGGUACAAAUCAAAUGGCUGUAUGCGCCAAGGCCCAGAACAAACCCUUCUACGUGGUUGCUGAAAGUUUUAAGUUCGUAAGACUUUUCCCUCUGAACCAACAGGAUGUCCCCAAUAAGUUUAAAUACAAAGCAGACACGCUAAAGAAGAGCAAGGAUCUAACAACGGAGCAUCCCUGCGUUGAUUAUACCUCCCCAUCUCUGAUCACCCUUUUGUUCACAGAUCUUGGGGUCUUGACCCCGUCUGGUGUGAGCGAUGAACUCAUUAAACUCUAUCUGUAAA